GCCUUCUUUCCUGGAUCCUCCUCUCUCGCCUCUCCCCUCCCUGGGCCGCCGGCUGGAGCGGAGCCCAGAGCCUCGGCUGCCCGGCCGACGGAUGCCCCGGCAGGGCCCGUCCAUGGAUGCCAGCAAGAAGGUGGAUCUGAAGAUAAUCAUAAUUGGAGCUCUGGGCGUGGGCAAAACCUCCCUCCUGCACCAGUACGUGCACAAGACGUUUUACGAGGAUUAUCGCACCACGCUGGGUGCCAGCAUCCUGACCAAGGUCCUGGCGGUGGACAACACCCCCCUGAAGCUGCAGAUCUGGGACACGGGGGGACAGGAGCGAUUCCGGUCCAUGGUGUCGACCUUUUACAAGGGCUCUGAUGGCUGCAUGCUGGCCUUUGAUGUGACAGACAGGGAGUCCUUUGAGGCCCUGGACAACUGGAGAGAUGACUUCCUGGAGAAGGUCAUUCCAAGGGAGCAGGAUUUCCCCAUGGUCGUGCUGGGGAACAAAAUAGACCUCUGUGAUCGGCAGGUACCCAAGGAAACUGCCUCAGCCUGGUGCAAGGAGAAGGACAUCCCUUAUUUUGAAGUCAGUGCCAAGAACAACAUCAACGUGGCAGAGGCUUUCGAGACCCUUGCGAAGCAGGCGCUAACGACGUACAAAGGGAUUUUUGAGAGUUAUUUAACUGACUCCAUCAAACUCACUCCCUAUGACAACAAGCCCAAGAAGAGCUGCUGCUGACCCCGGGCACUGCCCACACUGGACCCCACAAUGGCCAGGGCUGGAGCCCCCCCCAGGGGUCUGUGACCUGUGCCCAUCCCAGGGACUGUCCAAGCCAGGGCACAGCAGGACCAGCCCUGGACACACCGGGACCAGCUCACUGUGCACCCCAGGACUUGCUGCUUCCCAUGGCUCUCCUGAACCAGCAAAUCCCAAAUUGCUGCUGUGUCACCGUGGCCUCGUCCCCCUGGAUCCGCUGUCAUCUGGCACCCGAGCAGGCAAUGCCCCUGUGGUGAUGGUGCCAGUGGUGACAGUGCCAGUGCCCCUGUGGUGACAGUGCCAGUGCCCCUGUGGUGAUGGUGCCAGUGCCCCUGUGGUGACAGUGUCAGUGCCCCUGUGGUGAUGGUGCCAGUGGUGACAGUGCCAGUGCCCCUGUGGUGACAGUGUCAGUGCCCCUAUGGUGACAGUGCCAGUGCCCCUGUGGUGACGGUGCCAGUGCUCCCGAUGCCUUUCCAGAGACCACGACCUCGGCCCCAGGGCUGUCCCUUCCCAGUGCAUGGGCUGGUGGCCCCGCGGCUCUCAUGGUGCUCACGGGGGGACAUGUGGGGCUGGUGGCCUUGACACAGGGCUGAGAGCAGCUGGGUCCCCUCCUGGGAUCAGCCACAGAGGAGGCAACUGUUCUGUGCCUCAGUUUCCCCUCCAUCAAACACCUUCCACUCCCACCCCACCCAGGGAGGAUCCUCAGAAAAGCACUUUGUCAGGGAUUCUUUUUAUGUAUAUAUAUAUAACAAAGGAAAUUAAAUAUUUCAUUUUUAUUUACA